AUGGCGCCGAAUAAGCGAAAGAGGGAUAUCCUCGAUGGCUUCGACCCCAAUCAGUCCGAUCCUGACGACGAGAAUUUCGAUCCCAGCGAAGAUCGACCACGCCGUUCCAAGAAGACGCCCCGGGUUUCCUAUGCCAGGGGCGGUCGCCCCAGUCGGCGCGCAAACAAAUAUCGUGGUUCGGAUAUCGACGAUGAUGAAGAUGAUGUUCUCUCGGAUAGUAUGGACGAGGGGUCCUUCGUCGAUGAUGACGAAGACGAGGAAGAAGCACCCGUCAAUGCCGCCGGUCGCCGAGCCAGAAAGGCUGCUGUGAAGGCCGUCAAUUACGUCGAGGCAAGCGACGAGGAUGAGAUCGUGGACGAAUCAGAUGACGAUGAUGAACCGAAACCCCAGAAGCACUCAAAGAUUGUGAUUUUGAAGACGGGCCACAAGGGUGGGGCGUCGUCUUCCGAACCAGUGCCCGGAUCAUCUGUCGGUACCCGGCGCACCAGGGCCAGGACGGAAGAGGCGGAUGAAGAAGAAUUCGUGGAGCUGACAACAUCUGGCAAGCAUCAGCAACCCGCCCGAGCUGCAUCGAGGAGCAAGAGCCCCGAGACCUUGACCCGUCAAACACGGAACUCCAGGGCAUCAAAGGCUCUCAAGGAGCCAGCCACUGCGACGAUUGAGGAGGCAUCUCAUGAGACCUCAUUCCAACCCGAAGAAGAGCAUAACGAAGAUGCUGAUGCGCAUGCUGACGAAGAAGUGGUUGAGGACUCCGAGGGCGCUGCUCAGCAAGAAAAGGGCGUGGGAGAGCAAGCGCCGGUGGAAGACGACGUCCCCAUGGAGGAUCCCAACGACCUUGCAUUGCAGAAGCAGGAUCCCGACGAGGACGAGGACGAUAAACCCAUUGUAGGACGUCGCAUGACCCGCUCACUCCGCCAAAGUGUUUCUGGCCCUGCCGCUGAAGAAGGCGGUGACGACGAGUCAGUAACUUCGCGCCCUCGACGUACAGGCCGACUCAUCCGUAAGGGUAGUGAUCGCAUGAACAAGGGCGGUGACGACGAAGUUAGCGAUUUCAAUCCCAACGACUCUGGCGAAGGCGAAGGUUCCGAGGGCGGAAACAUGGAUGAAGACGACGGCGAUUCAAGCGAGCGACCUGCUCGUGGGCGCAGAACCACAGCGCGUGCUAAAAACCGGCGCCAUGAAGAUGAUUCUGGCGACGAGUUGGUGUUCGACCCGGAUGAAAUGGCCGAGGAGGCCGAAGACCUCAAGCGCAGCUCGCGGUCGCGGUCACGCCGAACCAGGCAACGUCGCCGUCAGUCCACGCCAAUCGCAUACGAGGAGCGAUCAACCCGAAGACGUCCGGUCGUCGACUACAGGAUUAGAAUUCCUGCAGAACAGAUCGAACAGGAGGAUGACGAGGAUAUACCACCACCUGCCUCACAGCGCAAGCGCAAUGGCGGCGGCCCCGCCAAGUGGCAGCGCACACUGAACUCAACGUUUGGCCCAUUCGGCGGGGCUGGCGGGGCAGGGUCCUUGCUAGAAGGCCCAUGGGGCACCGGCGCUGCCGCAGCUAUCGGUGGUGCGGAUUCAGACAGCAGUGACGACGAGCUGGGUGCAAGGACGGGCACUGUCGGCGGCGCGAUUGGCAUGACGCCGACUGCUGCUAACGGUCCUGGGCUGCUGGGAGGUGGUGGGGAUCUCGAGAAGCUUGGUCUUGGUGCAUCGCCAAACGUUGGCAAGAUCAAGGACCGAAAAGCUCUUGCAGAUGCAGACCCGCUCGGUGUUGAUAUGAAUGUGGAUUUUAGCAAGGUUGGCGGCCUGGCAAACCACAUCAACCAGCUGAAGGAGAUGGUACAGCUCCCUCUGCUCUACCCUGAGCUCUUCCUCAGGUUUAAGCUCACGCCCCCGAGGGGUGUCCUCUUCCAUGGUCCUCCAGGCACCGGUAAAACUCUCCUCGCGCGGGCCUUGGCGAACUCGAUUGGUAGCGGGGGUCGCAAGAUCACCUUCUACAUGCGCAAGGGUGCCGAUGCCCUCAGCAAGUGGGUGGGUGAAGCUGAGAAACAGCUACGACUGCUGUUCGAGGAGGCCCGCAAAACUCAACCCAGCAUUAUCUUCUUUGACGAGAUAGACGGUUUGGCACCUGUUCGUUCUAGCAAACAAGAGCAGAUCCACGCGUCGAUCGUGUCGACACUGCUUGCAUUGAUGGAUGGUAUGGAUGGGCGCGGUCAGGUUAUCGUCAUCGGCGCUACCAACCGGCCGGACAAUAUUGAUCCGGCCUUGCGGCGACCUGGACGAUUCGAUCGCGAAUUCUACUUUCCACUUCCCGACGUCGACGGGCGGAAGGCCAUUCUUGACAUCCACACCAAGGACUGGGGCUUGUCAGAGGCAUUCAAGAAAGGCCUGGCUGAGAACACCAAGGGCUACGGUGGUGCCGACCUACGCGCACUCUGCACCGAAGCUGCGCUCAACGCCAUACAAAGGACAUACCCUCAGAUCUACUCGUCUGAGCAGAAGCUCAUUGUGGACCCGGCCAAGAUCAGCAUCCACGCGACCGACUUUAUGAUCUCGAUCAAGAAGAUGGUGCCCUCAUCCGAGCGGUCUGCAUCAUCAGGAGCGACGCCCCUGCCGAAGAGUGUCGCGCCUCUCCUCCGAGACCAAUUCGCUGCUAUCCAGGAGCUCCUGAAGAAUAUUCUCCCCCUCAAGCCAAAAAUCACUGCGUUGGAGGAAGCUAUGUACGAGCCCUAUGAAGACUCUGACCAUGGCUUUGGACGAGAGAGCAUGCAGCAGGAUUUCGAUAAAUCCCGUGUCUUCAGACCCCGCCUGCUGAUCUCUGGUGUACCUGGCAUGGGGCAAGCUUAUAUCGCAGCUGCCGUGCUGCACUACUUUGAACGGGUCCAUGUGCAGAAUUUUGACCUGGCGAGCAUCCUUGGGGACGGUCGGCCUGCCGAGCAAGUCAUUGUCAGCAUGUUUACUGAGGUGAAGCGUCACAAGCCAAGUGUCAUCUACAUCCCCAAUGUCGAUGACUGGUGUGCCACUCUAGGAGCUGCAGCUAUCACCGCGCUUGUUACCAUGCUGAGAACCAUCCCGCCCACUGAUCCGGUUCUGCUGUUGGGAACUUCGGAACGCGAAGCGGGCCAGCUCGACAGAAACAUUCUGAGGGAUUUGUUCGGGUACUCGAAGAAGAACCGGACAGAGAUCGCUCGUCCUAAUGCCAACAAACGCAACGAGUACUUCCGGAACGUCGUAGCUCAUAUCAAAAAAUCACCGACUGACUUCCCGGACCCUCACACGAGAAAGAAGAGAGUGCUCGAGGAUCUGCCUGUCGCUCCGCCGCCGCCUCCUAAGCCAAAAUCCAAGGAGGAGGUCAAGCAAGAAUUGAAGAGGGAUAGAACGAUGCUGAACCAGCUGAAGCUCAGGCUCCAGCCCGUGAUGGAUCAGAUAAAGAAGCGUUACAGAGCAUUCCACAAACCUAUCAUACCACAUGACAGGCUUGAUUUUCUCUUCGAAGAGGCCGACCCCAAUUACGUGAGCGCCGACGUCGUGCAGGCACGCCCGUUUGUCAUCUCAAGGGACAAAGAGGGCAACCAGGUGAUCAUGGAGGUUGCAACCGGCAAGUACUAUUACAACCUCGAUACAACUGUCAUCGAGGAGCGGAUAUCCAAUGGUUUCUAUGCCCGACCCAAAGAUUUCUACAGAGACAUCAAGACCUUGGUGCACGAUAUCAGGAAUACUGGUGAUCGCGACAGGAUCAUCAAGGCCAACGAGAUGGAAAGCAAUGUAGACGUCGACAUGAACGACAUUGAGAUGACGACCGGUACGGCGCAAUGGGAGGCCUUGUAUCAGCGACAGGUGCAGCGCCAUGCCCAGGAGAAUGAGAAGGCGAAGAACAGAGCUGCCAUGGAGGCUGCCGUUGGUAUGGUACAAACGGAUGUUGUUAUGAAUGGCACCGAAGAUGAAUCGCAGCAAGGCCCGGUCACGAUAGGCGUGCCCGUGCCUCCUGAGGCGGGGACAACCAUGGCACGCUUCCGGGUAAUGAGCCCAUUGGGCAACGAGCACGCCCCUGAGCCUCCUCUCACCAAUGGUGACUCGGUGCCUUCUCGACAGGUGCAGAGCGGAAGUGAUGAGCCUACACAACCACACUCCCAAAUGGGACCGCCGCAGCUGCCUAGAUCCGGGACCUCUCAAUCCCAGACAACGUCUGCGCAAGCAACCGCUGGGACAACCCAGCAGGGCACGCAACACAUUUCCCAAGUCUCAGCACUCACAUCACUUCCACCAGGUGUGUCGCCUUCUGCAGUCCUGAAUGAGGCUUCGACGACCAAUGACCCGAGUACGACUCAUCGAUCAUCUGACAAUUGGAGCACGAACGCGACCAACGGAUACCACCCAGGUCUGGAGAUUGCCUCGCACCACUCGUCAUGGGUUCACUCUCAGGCGGCUGCCCUAGCUCGUGGCGGGCUGGGCAACACCGGUUACGGGGCAGACAACUUAACGAGCCCUACAUCGUCUCAGGCGGAUAAUGAUCAGCGUGCCUCUAGGAUGGGUGUGAUAAGCCUGCUUAACGACCCUGGCGUCAAUGCUGAACACUCGUCCAUACGCAACUCUGGUGGUACAGCUACGACAUCGUCAUCUCAAGUGCCUGUGAUACAUCAGGGAGAGAUCGAGAACUUCCUGGAGGAGCUCACAGAUCGGACGUCCGGCUGCACAAUCGAGCAGCUAGAACAGAUCAACCGGGAGAUGAUGGAUCACAUAUGGGCCUCUAAACACGAGUGGAACCGUAUGAAAGUCCUCAACCAGCUGAUGCAGGUCUUCAACGAAACCAUUGCGGACAUCGAGGACAUACAGGGUUUUGGUCCGUCUAGUCAGGACGAAAACGAUGAACGUGCGAGAUUAUACGGCAGUGGUUUUGACGAAUCCGCAAUGACAUAG